AUGAUUAGUCAUCGGCGCUGCAGAGGACAGACGACUGCAGACGAUGUACGCAUCGGAUUGCCGCUAAGAAACGUUCUUAGCUCAAAUGUCCCAGAACUGUCAUUAUCUCGCAUUCCUUCUUUCAAUCUACCGUGUGUACUCGUCUCUGUGCCUGCUAUGGUCUUGGUCUUGAUUAAGCUUUUUCGUCUGAGCUUCUUGAUAGCCUUGGCCAGGUAUUCUACCAUUUUGGGCUAA